AAUGGGCGGCAGCCACAGAGCGUUGUGUCCGCAGAGCUAGGCGCGGGGCUCCUAUAAAAGGCGCCUGAAGUGGGGGCACGCGCCCCAGAGACGAGAACGGUCGUUGCAGAGAUUGCGGGCGGCUGAGACGCCGCCUGCCUGGCACCUCGGAGCGCAGCGGAGCCCCGACACCGCCGCCGCCAUGGAGUCCGAGACCGAACCCGAGCCCGUCACGCUCCUGGUGAAGAGCCCCAACCAGCGCCACCGCGACUUAGAGCUGAGUGGCGACCGCGGCUGGAGCGUGGGCCACCUCAAGGCCCACCUGAGCCGCGUCUACCCCGAGCGUCCGCGUACAGAGGACCAGAGGUUAAUUUAUUCUGGGAAGCUGUUGUUGGAUCACCAAUGUCUCAGGGACUUGCUUCCAAAGCAGGAAAAACGGCAUGUUUUGCAUCUGGUGUGCAACGUGAAGAGUCCUUCAAAAAUGUCAGAAAUCAACGCCAAGGUGGCUGAAUCCACAGAGCAGCCCGCUGGUUCUAAUCGGGGACAGUAUCCUGAGGAUUCCUCAAGUGAUGGUUUAAGGCAAAGGGAAGUUCUUCAGAACCUUUCUUCCCCUGGAUGGGAAAACAUCUCAAGGCCUGAAGCUGCCCAGCAGGCAUUCCAAGGCCUAGGUCCUGGUUUCUCCGGUUACACACCCUAUGGGUGGCUUCAGCUUUCCUGGUUCCAGCAGAUAUAUGCACGACAGUACUACAUGCAAUAUUUAGCAGCCACUGCUGCAUCAGGGGCCUUUGUUCCACCACCAAGUGCACAAGAGAUACCUGUGGUCUCUGCACCUGCUCCAGCCCCUAUUCACAACCAGUUUCCAGCUGAAAACCAGCCUGCCAAUCAGAAUGCUGCUCCUCAAGUGGUUGUUAAUCCUGGAGCCAAUCAAAAUUUGCGGAUGAAUGCACAAGGUGGCCCUAUUGUGGAAGAAGAUGAUGAAAUAAAUCGAGAUUGGUUGGAUUGGACCUAUUCAGCAGCUACAUUUUCUGUUUUUCUCAGUAUCCUCUACUUCUACUCCUCCCUGAGCAGAUUCCUCAUGGUCAUGGGGGCCACCGUCGUUAUGUACCUGCAUCACGUUGGGUGGUUUCCAUUUAGACCGAGGCCGGUUCAGAACUUCCCAAAUGAUGGUCCUCCUCCUGAUGUUGUGAAUCAGGACCCCAACAAUAAUUUACAGGAAGGCACUGAUCCUGAAACUGAAGACCCCAACCACCUCCCUCCAGACAGGGAUGUACUAGAUGGCGAGCAGACCAGCCCCUCAUUUAUGAGCACAGCAUGGCUUGUCUUCAAGACGUUCUUUGCCUCUCUUCUUCCAGAAGGUCCCCCAGCCAUCGCAAACUGAUGGUGUUUGUGCUGUAGCUGUUGGAGGCUUUGACAGGAAUGGACUGGAUCACCUGACUCCAGCUAGAUUGCCUCAUCCUGGACAUGGCAAUGAUGAGUUUUUAAAAAACAGUGUGGGUGAUGAUAUGCUUUUGUGAUUAAGCAAAAGCAGAAACAUGAAGCCGCGAUACAAGUUAGUGAACAAAAAAUGCCCAAGGCUUCUCAUGUCUUUAUUCUGAAGAGCUUUAAUAUAUACUGUAUGUAGUUUAAUAGGCACUGUAAGUAGAAGGCCUUAGGUGUCGCAUGUCUAUGCUUGAGGAACUUUUCCAAAUGUGUGUGUCUGCAUGUGUGUUUGUACAUAGAAGUCAUAGAUGCAGAAGUGGUUCUGCUGGUACGAUUUGAUUCCUGUUGGAAUGUUUAAAUUACACUAAGUGUACUACUUUAUAUAAUCAAUGAAAUUGCUAGACAUGUUUUAGCAGGACUUUUCUAGGAAAGACUUAUGUAUAAUUGCUUUUUAAAAUGCAGUGCUUUACUUUAAACUAAGGGGAACUUUGCGGAGGUGAAAACCUUUGCUGGGUUUUCUGUUCAAUAAAGUUUUACUAUGAAUGACCCUG